AUUUGCGACCGCUCUGAGUGCGGUCACACUGCCCCAAUCCCAAAAUGCCAAUGUUAAAAAACAACAACAAUUUUGGAGCCUGCCCCCGCGAACUGCAAUAAACAAAACAUCGAAACCGGAAUCGAAAAGGACAACACAUAGUACCCACGCUAAGGAGCUCCCGCCAACACAACACCACCACCACCGCCCAGCCAACCGAAGAGGCCAAAAAGAACACCACCCAUGUUCCCAGUGCUGCUGCUCCUUCUCUUCUUCUUCGCCAAGGGAACCCACCAGAUCAAUGUGGACUGCAACGAGCUCCAGAUGAUGGGCCAGUUCAUGUGCCCCGACCCGGCGAGGGGUCAAAUCGAUCCGAAGACGCAGCAGCUGGCCGGAUGCACCAAGGAGGGUCGCGCCCGCGUCUGGUGUAUCGCCGCCAACGAGAUCAACUGCACGGAGACGGGAAAUGCAACGUUCACCCGGGAAGUGCCCUGCAAGUGGACGAAUGGCUAUCACCUGGACACCACACUGCUACUCUCUGUCUUUCUGGGCAUGUUCGGCGUGGAUAGGUUCUAUUUGGGCUAUCCGGGUAUCGGACUGCUCAAGUUCUGCACCCUCGGCGGCAUGUUCCUGGGCCAGCUGAUCGACAUCGUGCUGAUAGCCCUGCAGGUUGUGGGUCCGGCGGAUGGCUCCGCCUAUGUGAUACCCUACUACGGAGCCGGCAUCCACAUCGUGCGCAGCGACAACACCACCUACCGGCUGCCCAGGGACGACUGGUGAUGGUUAAGGCAGCACAGCGCCUGGUGUACAGUAGAUCACGUUAAGUCCUUGUUAUACCUUAAGUACGGCUUAUGACACUAACGAUAAGCAACGACUGCGGAUCCGUUCCGAUCGAUCGAUGGAGCGGUUCGGCUCGGAUCGAGACUCUGAUUAGUGCAUUACGUACCCUAGUUGAUAAGUGUAUAGAUUGUUGCCACCCCUCCUUUGCGUAGCCUAAGUUGCAUUGUUUAGACUUAGUUACCAAUGUACAUGGUCCCUCAUACAACUCUACAUCUGUGUAAUUGUAUAGGCCGCAUAGACAAAUUGUUUGCCAAUAUAACUAACGAUUUUAAUUA